AGCUGUUGACAGGAUGAUAACCCGAUGUUAAAGCUGAAUCCUUCAGCGGUACCGACGUGUUUCAUUGUUGUUUAACGUUACGGUGUCCAACACGCCACAUCGCCUCGGACUCUCUCUGUUUAUCGGAGAAUCUCGACCGUUUUUUUCUCUCUCUUUUUUCAAACCGCUAUCGCUUUUUUCCCUCCUGUCACAGAUCACUGCUGCUCUCGUGCUCAGCUGGCUAACGUCCCUCUCCGAGCAUCUCUCUGAGCUCGCGCUCAGUUCUGUGGCGUUUAAAAGUUCUCAACGGUCGUUUUCAGGCAGCCUGCCGUUGAACCGUUUCUUGUGGCGAACAUUUAUCUUACGUUUUGUGUAUUUUUGUUUUUGUAAAAGGGAUUUUAAAAACCGCUUUUCGUAUUUUGGACCGUUUAGGGGUCAAGUCUAGUUUGGGGUCAAUGUAUAUAGACGCGUUUAAACGGGCUCUUUUUGAACGGCUGAGCUGCUUGAGGAGAAUGUGUGUGUGUCAGAGGCCACGCAGUUCAUUGGCCAUGUCUAAGGUGGCUGUGAAGAAAUUGCACUGGCAUUCCAAAGUGCAGGAGACCUUCGUGCCCCUAGUGGGCAGCUCUGGAGAACUGGGUGUGGCCAUAGGGGGUGGAGCCGACUAUGGCGAGUUCCCAUUCGUCACCGCUGCCCCGGGAGGUGGGAUCACAGUCGGGGAUGUCAUCUUGGAGAUUGGUGGGACCCCUGUUUUGGGGAUGACUUUAGGUGACGUUCGUGGAGUGCUCAACUCCUGUCCCCAUCCCAUUCGCGUCAAGACUGUCUCACCAGGCUCAACGCUCUGUAAGGAUCUGAGGUUGUAUCUGAGUAAAUGUUUUACGCCUGGAUCCAUGGACAGUCAACUUCAGCAGGUCAUACGAGAAAAUCUCUACCUGCGUGCUGUUCCCUGUACGACCAGACAGCCGCGAGAUGGGGAGAUCACAGGAGUGGAUUAUAACUUUGUGUCCGUCGAAGAGUUCUUCUCUCUAGAGGAAUCAGGAGCUCUGUUGGAGAGUGGCAAAUUUAAAGGGAACUAUUAUGGAACCCCUCGGCCAGUCCACAUCGGCCCAGAGAGCCCCCCAAUCACCUACCAGGAGCACCGCAACCUGCUGAGGAGGUUUCGCACGCGCAGCAAGUCCCUCAGUAACCUGGAGAAAGCAGCUGAGGAGGGCUACAACAGUGAGGAAGAUUCCGGUCUCUCAGGUAUUUUAGGGGGCUCGGGAGGUGCUAGCAGUGUCCCCGCCCCCACAUUAUCCCCCAGCCAAUCACGUGACUCCAGUGGAGGGGACGGCAGUGCCUUGGAGAAUGGAGGUAGACCUGGCAGAGGGAGACGGGGGGCGGGGCUGGAAACCUGGGAGAUGACCUACAGUGACUCAGGGGAGCCAUACUUUACAGAUCAUCAGCCCAAGCCAGCCUCCUGGCAUAGCCGCCGCUCAUCAAGCAGAGAGACGGUUUGUAUGACUGAAUUGGGAGAGUUCACAAAUCAGCCAGAAGAGUUGAGGGGUUACUCACUCCACACUCGGAUUUGUAAGGGUCCUCGUGGCUUCGGCUUCAAUAUCGUAGGGGGCAGCCGACCCAGAGAAUUCCUACAAGUCUACAGCAUCACACCCGGAGGACCACCCACUCUCAACCCAGCGGAUAUCCUGGUGUACAUCAGUGACUGUUGUGUGCUGGGCACAUCUCAUAAGGAGGUUGUAGAGUUGCUCAAGGCUGUUCCUGUGGGCCAGAGUGUGGACGUGGUGGUCCAAAGGGGCUACCCCAUGCUCUACAACCCUGACGGCUGCCCCAAACAGCGCCGCCCUGGGGUUUUGGAUGCCCGGGAACCUGCUUUAAAACCUCCACCACCGCCUCCACCCACCACCACCCAGCCGCAGCCCCAGGCCCCACUCCCUACUCUAGCACAGCUCAACCUCAACGGGGUGACAUCCAGUGCUGAGGGGAGGUAUGCUCGAGCCCUCGCAGGAAGGGCGUCCAGGUUGAGCCUGGAUGCCAAUGGCAACACUUCGCAUUUUUCUCCUCCUCCAAGAACUCCACCUUAUUAUGCAUACUCCAAUGGGAGUGAAAGUGGCUUCCUGAGACCACCUCGUUCUGCAAGAGGGAUCAGGCGUCUGCAGAGUGCAGACCUGGCCAGCCAAAGCGACAGCGAAGUGGUGUCAGCGAUAGGAUCACACAGGGCCUCGCUCAUCCGAAACCACAACAACAACUCCCUCUGCCCUCCAUCGCCUGUGCGCCUUUACUCCACCAAGUCCUCCGAAAGUGACCUCUCUUCCUAUGCCCCAACGCCACCCACCUCUCGAUCACCACUCCGUUACACAGAGACCGGUUCUGCACCCAGCUCUUCUUCCCCGGACGGAGGGCGCAGAUACUCACAGUUUCGAAAGCCCCAGCGGUCCCUGCUCACCCCUCCCACCAGCGCCCACUCAGACGGCCCAUACUUCACCUUCAACAGUGGUGCCAGUGUCAGUAGUGGUAGCCCCAGCAGCAGCAUCCCGUCGCCAGGGGCAACAAGUGGUGGAAGUGGGGUCAGGCCUGGAGGCAGAGAGCUGGUGCCAGUCGCCCUGGCCAAGUGCGAGGAGGGCAGAGGGAUGGGGUUCAGUGUGAUGGCUGCCGGGCAUGGUGGGAGAUUGACAAUGGUGAAGAGAGUCUGGGACCGGCAGCAGUGUCAUGGCCUCCAACCUGGAGACAUUAUCAUGAAGAUCAACGGAGCCGACGUGCAAAGCCUUAGCUUCACUCAGGUUCAGCGAAUUCUGCAGGAACACACAAGUAUGGGAGAGGUCAUUCUGCUGGUUCAGAGAGGAGGCUCUUCACAUUCUCCAGUUUCUCCGAGCUCUAUGCGUCAACACAGCUCCACACCACCACGCCCUGCUUCUGCCUCGCAAGUCCCUCUCGCCAGCAGUCCACCUGUGCCACGGAACGCCCUGACCCCACCUCCUCAAACACUGGUGCGCUCCUCACUAGUCCAGAGCACCAGCUUCUUAGACUCAGUACCUGUCACGUUGACGCUGGAGCCACGUGACUGGAUAAGCUCUGAGGAUGGUGGGACCGCACUCAGCCCCAGAGUGAGGAUAGAGGAGAAGGUUCGGCCUCCUGCACUGCAGGGAUUCGAGGUGGAGCUCAAGAGGAGGCCAGGAGAAGGAUUUGGAUUUGUUAUUGCAUCACAGGAUGUGGAGAAUGGGAGAGCGGUGUCUCUGCUGCCCCAUCGUUUUGUGACGGUACGUCGGGGCAGUCCUGCUGCGCGGAGCGGGCAGAUUCGUCCAGGGGACCGGCUGGAGGCUGUGGAGGGACGCAGUGUGGUCACACUGCCCCACAGGGAGUUGGCACAGAUACUGCGCAGAGCCGGAAACACACUUCGCCUCACCAUCGUCCCGCGCUCCAGUGCCCAUUCCUCCGAGAACUCAGACUAUGAUACCAGUUACAGAAGCCGAAAGUCUCACAGGUUUAAACAGAAGCAGGACACUUCGCGGUACUACAGUGUGGAUCUGGAGAGAGGGCCCACUGGUUUUGGCUUCAGUCUGAGAGGGGGGAGUGAGUAUAACAUGGGCCUUUAUGUUCUAGGCCUGAUGGAGGGAGGACCAGCCUCACGCAGCCACAAGAUACAGGUGAGCGACCAGUUAGUGGAGAUCAAUGGGCACAGCACAGCAGGAAUGACCCACAGUCAGGCUGUGGAGCAGAUCAGGACUGCAGGCCAAAGGAUCCAUCUUGUCCUGAAGAAGGGCAACGGAUACGUUCCUGACUAUGGCCGUGAUCACAGAGCAGCCAUCUCCCCCCUGCCCCCAGCCCUGCAGCCGCGUCUGGCUGCAGUGAGCCGCCGCUUGGACACCACACCCAGCCCUCCAAGAGCGGGCAGGAGCCACAAUCGCCGAGUGAAGACAGAGCAGCAGGGGUGGGGGACGGACCAGGGAGGGGAGCAGAGCCCUGACAGCACAGAGGGAAGGGGUAGAAGGUCGAAGGACAGGAGGAGGAGCCAAGGCUCGCAUAGAUUAUCCAGAAACAGGCAGAGAGGAGACAGUGAGGAAGAGGAGGAGGAUGGGCCAGUGGACAGAGGAAAAGCGAGGAGGCGACAGGAGAGGGAGAGGAGGAGCAAAAGCAAAGAGAGAGGGAGAAAGCUUAAAACGGAGAGAGAGAGUGAGUUUGGACGAGAAGAGAAGUGGCAAAAAGAGAAUCAUAAUCUACCCAUCCCUAAGCAGAGAUCGCCAAGUCAAAGCUGGGAGGAAGAGAGAGAAUGGGGAGAAGAGGAGGACAGGACGUUUUUUAAAGAAAAAGAAAGAGAAAGACACAGCGAGACAGAGAGCGAGAGAGACAGCGGCCGAGAGCUGGAGGGUGAAUCGGACAGUGACAGAGAGCAAGUGAUGGUGAGCAAGGCGGGGGGAGAGAGAGUGUGGAAACAUGUAGUGGACACUCAGCAAUCCAGCCUCAGCGCCCUCAACGACAGCCGAUCCUCACAGGGGUCCCUAGGAGCCUACGGAUCCCAGAGGGCUGCUUUCUCCUUCCACAUGUCCCCUGAGCCAGAAUACACAGAUUCCGAAUCUGAAGUGAGUGUUUCCGAAGCUAGUGUUUCAGCCUCCAGUAUCUCUGGCCUCUCUCUAUACUUGAAUGAGGGCUACAGUUCAGGGGCCCCGAGCCCUUUACGGCCGGGCCCCUGGCUCAAACCCAACAGAGUGGUGGAGAGAAACAGACUGAUGGGGAGAGGACAGGAAAAAGCAAGAAGACAGAAUUUUAUCUCCUGAAGUGCUGUAGGAGGUCAUUUUGGUCAUAUAAUGUCAUGUUAUGUAAAGCAUCAACUAAGAGGGGUUCACACUGCGUUUUACUGAAGGCAGAGAAAACCGCAAGGUAGCCUCUUUUUCUUAGGUUUUCAUGCUGUCUUCUGUCUGUUUGUCUUCCUGUUGACAAGCAACAGCAGCAUUGUAACUGCAUUGUCUGUCAGCUGCGCUUUCAAGCUAUCAUUUCACACAGGCAGAAGUUUCGCUGCUAUUAACUAGCAAAUAUGAUGCUGCUAGUAAAAACACACUAAACUAAAACUAGAGUGCUUUUUGUGUUGCAAUUUCAAUUCAUGCUGGUAAUUCCUUCUUCAUAAGAAUGUCACUUUUUACAAAAUGUCAUUUUUACAACUCAGGGAGCCUGGAGUGCUCUGCACACAAGGCACCCAAUGAGCAAAAUUGCAUGCAAAACACAUUUUUCUCCUUGAAAACGAUAUAAAAUAGGCACAUCUGAAAACAAUACAAAAAAAUGCAUACGGUGUGAACCCACUUUCAGGCCUUAUUCGAGCUGGAUUAGGUUUAAACAAUUUCUGCCAAUUUUCCCUUGAUUUGUUCCUAGAAAGUACACAUGGCAGCUAUGUCCCACCUGUCAUUCCAGUGCUCUGUCUGGGCUAAGUGGUCUUAAACACAUAGUUUAAGACACAUAAUUAUGACACAUAAUUAUGUCCUGGUAAUUGUAAUUGGAAGUCAGGUAGCUAACAUAAUUCAGCCUGCAUAGUCUCUCUCACAUGCACUUAUAUACCGCAAAGAAAACGUCCCUUUAUUACCUGGAAAAGUCCUGUGAUUUAAAUAAUUGGCAACAAGAUCUGUUAUUUUAAUCAAGUGUUGUAAUUAAUCAUUUCAGAGAGAAUUUUGUAAUUAUUGAGUGUGGUGCCCUUUACCCAACACAAACAUGGCCAUGACCUUUCAAUGCAGGAUAUUUGUAGUAAUUUGAGGAAAUUACGGAGAUGCUUUAUCCACAAAUCAGCCAGUGAAAUCCCUUUCACAUGACAUUACACAACCUCCUGUGGUAAACCUAAUCCAGCUCUAAUAGUGUUUCUUUGUCCACCUAAGCAUGGCAACAGUUUGAAUGUUCGGAGUGUACAGCCACACUGUGGUGUUUAGCAUAAGCUGGAUAUAGAGCUUAUGGAGUGUUAACAUAUAUAUUUAAAAGCUUAGAGACAAGAAAACAAUGUCAGCCCUCUCUUUUCUCUCCUCUCUCUCUCUCUCUCUCUCUCUCUCUCUCUCCCCAUUCUCAUAAGUAGGUUUGGGGAAAGUUUGGUAAGCUUUCUGUGCCCAUGUUCAUUGUUCGUACUGUGUGCUUGUUUUUUUGCUAAGUUCGAGUUGAGUGCUGUGUCACCUACUUAUCCAAAAGCACUAUAAUUCAUCUUGCCUCUGGACUCUCUUCUACUUCUUUUCUUUAGUUCUGAAAUCUCUUGAAGCUUGUUGUUGUAGUAGGAAAGUGAUAGUUCCAACUCAGAAUGUGGAGCGAACUUAAAGCAAUAACAUGCCUGAACCCAAAACUUAUUUU